AUGCGUUCAUUCGUUGCAUACACUCUUUUGGCUUCAGCCACCCUCGCUGUUGCUGUUGACCCUCGUUUCGAGUAUCCAGACACUGUGCCUCUUGUCAAGCGUCAACAGCCCGGCACUCCUCAGUAUGCGUGCCACGAGGACUGCGGCCUUCUUAUCACUCUGGCCCGUGAAAACAAAGACUUUUGCGACAGCCAAGAGUGGAAUGAUCACUAUGAUCAAUGUAUGGAAUGCGCAGAGACCUACGGUAUCUGGAAGUACUACGGUAGUGGUGUGAGCAAGGUCGCUGGGCAGUGUGACCUCUCUCCUACUCCCAGUCCCUCUGGUGCUGCCACCAAGGAGACUGCCACCUCUAGCAGCGAUGGGUCGGGAACAACGGCUCCUGGAAAGAUCACAACGGAAGCACCGACUGAAGUUCCCUCGACUACUAUCGCAAUUGAGUCUACCGUUAUCGCGACACCUUCAGCCAUGACGACAACAGAUGUUUCCUCUGGCAAUACGGCAACCUCGACUCCAGAGCCUUCUAGUGUUGCUGUCAAUGGCGCUGCUAAGCAUUUCGAGUUCACCACCGCUAUUGUCUUUGCAGCGUUCGCUAUAUUUAAUCUCUACUAAAAAGGAUACGGAGGAAUUUGAUUGAUUGAUUGAUUUACAGUAAUGUAGAUAAUAUAUUUG